AUGAGGGAGAGAAACAAAGGUGUGGAAGAUCAGGCUUACACCAAUGACAUGGAUUGCUACUACUACUCCACCUCUGAACUCCCAUGUAAGAAACACCCUUCUUCUUCUUCUGUUGGAAUAUGUGCUUACUGUCUCAAGGACCGUUUGGUCAAGCUUGUGUGUUCUGAUUGUGGGGAGCAAAGGCUUUCUUCGUGUUCUUGCUCUGAUGAGAUGGUCUCUUCCCAUCGCAACUCAUGCACUGUUGAGGUGGGGGGUGUUGGGAGGGUCUCAUUCCUCAUUGAGAAUGAGAAGAACAAUGAGAGUACCCCAGUGGUUCUUCAGCAUUUGAAUCACAAUAAGGCCAAUAAGGAGGAGGAGGAGGAUGAGGUUCUGGGGCUGAGGAGGAGUAGCAGCAGCUGUGUUGAGAUCAAGAGGCAUCAUCAUGGUGGUGGUGGUGGGUUUUGGAAGAUUGGGAAGCUUUUUAGGAAGAAAAAAGAGAAGGGUUGUGGGAGAAGUGUUGUUGGGUUUGAUGAGAGAAACAAUGAGAUGUGGAUGGUGGAUCAUCAAGGGGGUGUGUCUAGGUCAAGGUCACUAUGCAGCUUCAGGGGUGGAGGGAUAUUUGGAUCUGAGGAUGGUGGUGAUUCAGUGUUGUCAGGUGCUAGAAGCUCAAUUUCUGCAGCUAGGAGUUCUGGGGUUAAUAUGUUGGAAUCUGGGAGGAGAAGUGGAUACAGUGAAGCUGAGCCAAGAAGGAGUGGUUUUGAUGGAGUAGAGAGGAGGGAUUUCUUGUUUGAUAACAAUAAUUAUGAAAGUGGAAGUGAUCUCAAGGGUGGUGUGAAAAAGGGUGGUGGACUAAUGGAUGGUGUUGGUGAUGGUGGUGGAUUCUAUGGUGGGGUAAAUAGGCGUGUGUUUUCACUCAGAGAGAGUGAUUUCAAAGGCAUGGAUGAGUCUAGCUUCAUUGACUUGAAGCUUGAUUACUCAUCAGAAUCAAAGCAUGAGUUUUCUGCUGCAAAAAUGAGCAACAACAUGGGGGGUGAUACCUUCUCUUCUUUCAGAGGUGGGAAUUUCAUGCCACAUGAUGGCGGUGGAGGUUCUUAUGGAGGGUUGGUAGGAGAUGGAGUUUUAACCAAUGGAGGGUCAUGUAGAAUCACUGUGAAUGACAGAGGAAUCAAGAGGGGAAGGAAAAGCAUGAAGGGUUGGAGGUGGAUUUUCAGAUACCAUUCAAAUUGGGGAAGCUCAAGGAAAAGAGAUGAAGACUUUAUGUUCAAAGCAUGA